UUUCAGUUGGAUGCCUUCUGAAUUGGUCCACCCCAGGCCACACAGCUCUUACCAAACUGGGGAAGGCUGGAGUACAGGGAGCUGGCCAUGGGACCUGGCCAUGGGACCUGGGAACCUGUCACUCUACUCAGCCUGAGAUUGUCAAUGCUGUUGGAAUGUUGUUUGCAAAAUCAAUAUUUCUAAUUGUACUGCCUGUGUUACAGGCUAUGUCUUUGAUGGAGGAGAUGAUGCUGGAGAUAAAUGAUUUGAAGAACUUCAAAAAUACUGUUGAAGAUCGCAUGACUGACAUUGACAAAGAUAUGGAUAUGGUGACGACUCACAUCAGUUUAAUAAACGAGCUCCUGAAUAAAACUCCGGAACAGUUGCAGCAGUUUGUCAGUUGGAAGACGCUGCAAACCACCCUUGUGGAUGACCCUGAGGACCCUUCAGAUGAUAUUGAUUUGUUUCCAGCGAGCAAAAACACUGACAAGGCUCCCCAGGCUCCAAAUGUUACAGCUGAAACCUCAGAUAAACCGAUGAUUCCUGAAGAUGUUGGCAGGAACCCCGUCCCCUUGAAAGAUGAGCCUUCAGCUCCAACCAAAGAGACACACUCCAGUGAAAAAUCUUUGAGAAAAUUGGAAAUUGAACUGAUGGAUCCUGCAGCAUUCUCGGGGACUGAGGAUGAAAACCAGCUGCAUCCAGAUGUUGUAUUAGCUCUUCAACACAUUCGACAGGUGACCAACACACAACCCGCUUUGAUUCAGCGAGUAACUGUUCUGGAAAAGUCCUUAGCAGAUCUAGUGUCAGGCCAUGAGAUGGGGAAGGGAACUGAUUUCCAUGCUGCUAAGACACCAAGAGACGCUGAGGAACUGAAAUCAAAAGAAGAUAUGAGAGCCCAAAUAUCAUCUCUCAGGGACACGGUGAAAAAUAUUGAUGAGGAAUUGAAAGAAAUACGCAAAUUUCAGCAAACCAGCAGCAAAGACCGGGGCGAGAUGCAGAAACAGUUGGAUAAGUUGGGGCCAGUCCUGGAGAAAAUCAUGAGCUCUUCCUGUGCCCUGCUGGGAAUGAGCCUGGGUCUGGAGACGGAAGCCACCUGCCCGGUCUGCAGUUUAGAUGUCAGUCAAGACGCCAGCAACCUGUGUCAACGUUUCCAGAAACUGCAGGAUACAGUUAACAACCUUACAGAAGGCAAGGACCUGGAACUGCAGACACAGCUGCAAAAACACAUUCUGCAGCUCCAGGGCGAGUGUGAGAGACUUAACACAAUGACCAGCCAACUUCUACAGGAAGACCAACUCCAUCAGAGAAACAUUGAGGCUUUGAAUGAGUCACUGAAUCGUUUGGAGCGAAAAUGUUGUGAAGGGAAUAUCAGCCGCGCACAAUUUGAUGCUGUAACAGACCAGAUCAACAAGAUGAUUCAGGGAAUUCUGAACAAGAUCUGUUUGCAGGAGAAGGACUGGGGCAGUAUUCUUGAACAGCUCACCACAGAGAUGGAUUGCAAGCUUAACCGUGUUGAGCUGGAUCCAUUGAAGAAGCAGUUGGAAAAUAGAUGGAAAUCAGUUCGGAAGCAGCUGCAGAGACAUAAAUGUUUGGAGGAGGAUGGAGCUGCAGGAUUAAAGAAACAGCUCGUAAACCAUUUCCACUGCCUCUCCUGUGAUCGGCCGCUGGAUGUGAAAAUGCCCUCUGGCCCGGAUGUAAUCUCGUUUCCGAUACCAACCUACCCUGUUCACGGUUACCCUCGCUCUCACUGGCAUGAUGUUGACCAUUCAAGAUGGAGGAGUCGGGGAGAACGGAUUUCUGAUCUGAUUGAGAACUUCCCACCAAAUGCCCGGAGCUGCGGUGGGAGCCAUACCCUGACAUCUGGUUACCAUCGCCGAGGCCUGAAGGGAUAUGAUCACCACCUGAGCAUGCUGCUGGAUGAGGAGCACCCCAACAAGUGGGCAGAUUCGGUGGUGGCCAAUGUGGAGGUACAGCUCCCCAAGACCAGGAGCAGCUGCAAGCUGCCAUCUCUGACAGCCAAGGAUGUGAACAAGUGCAGACCUGCUCAGUGCCCCUCUCGGAAGAGCUCAUCGUGCAGACCAGCCUGCAAUCCCUUGUGCUGUCCGCACCUCCCGUCCAUCAAACCACCAGGUUCAGUAAUGCCAAAAGAAAUGUUCUCAGACCGUGACUGUCAGUGCCUGACUGAGCCAUCACUGCUGUGUCCUUGCAAUGGGAGCGAGACAUCAUCAGAUCAGCCCUCACUGUCUGGCCCAUCAACAGAGCAGCCUCUGGAUGUACCUGUGCCCUCAGGAGUAGAACCACAGGCACCUGUCAAGCCUCUAAAUAUUUAAAACUCAUGAAUAUAUGUGGAAAAGUUUUGUUAAAGAACUCAGUGUGUGUCUGUGACUUUUGGCUUCUGAGGAAGGUGACAGGUGCUCCUGGGAAUGUUAAAGUCAGCGAAAUUUGUUUGUUAGGGAAGAUGUUCUGAAAACAUCUGGUCACUAUGGCUGUGAAUAAACAGGCAGUUUUUGCCAAAGUUGGUUCCUUCACAUUGUGCUUUCUGCUGUUAAUGAAGGUAACUGCUGAAGGAAUUCCACAUCUCCAUGUAGCCUUGGGCACAAUUAUCACUCAUCACUGACCCAGAUUCUCAUCAUUUCCCAUUACCAGUACAUCAGUGACAGCAGCCAGGCCCAAACACACAGUGCUCUCUGUAACAGUCACCACCCCCUGCACGUUCCUCUCCAAGCCCAACACCAUCCCCGACUUGGAAAUAUAUUGCCGUUCCUUCAGUGUCACUGGGACAAAAUCCUGGAAUUCCCUCCCUCAGGGCAUUGUGGACCAACAGACAGCAGGUGGACUGCAGUGGUUCAGGGAGACAGCUGAUCACCAUCUUCUUUACAGUAAUCAGAUCAAACAGCAAUGUCAUUCUUCAUGUGCUCCUGGAUAAUGCAGUUUGUUAGAAAGUAGGUAACUCAGGGUGGGUUUGCCUGCCAGGAAGGUUUAGGUUUGAAUGAAGUUCACUGUGAGUUGGUAUGUGUCAGCUCUCAGUGGUCUGGGCUCCACCUGACAGCAGUGUGAGACCAUCCCAGCUCUACGCAGAGAUUAUUGCUAGGAGCUGGGGCUGAGUUAGUCAGGACUGGAUUGGG